AUGCAAGCUCAUGAGCUCAGAGCCCAGUAUCGGCCCAACCGCGGACAGCAUGAACAGAGGCCCCUCAUUGAUUUCGGCACUCGUUCCCAGGCUUCAGCUACGAUCACGGUGAUAACCUGGAACUGCGGAGGGUUCUCGACCUUAAAGGACGAAUUCUACACGUGGUUGCGCGGUUGUGAUUGCGAUGUUGUCUGCCUACAAGAGACAUGGAUGAAGGAGUGUUCGGAGUUCUUUGCGGGGGACUGGCUUUGCGUUCAGAGCGGCAUGAAAGCAACGAGCUCGCGGGCGCAGGCUGGGGUUAUGAUCAUGCUGAGACGGUCGGUCUUUGAUAAUGGUUCGGUGCGCUACUCCCACGUGAUGGAAGGACGACUUCUCCACGUACGGGCACAACAUAAGCAUGGAUGGGUGGACGUGGUAGGUGCCUAUCUGCAUGCAUGGGGUGGCUGGAGCAAUGAAGCGGACAUCUUAGCCAAACGAUCGAAGGUGUGGGCAGCGCUUCGCCAAACCUUGGGGCAGCUGCCCCGAGGCAAUCAACUUGUGGUAUGUGGAGAUUUUAAUACCGUGGUGCAGCCUAAAGCCCCGUUCUUUGGCACAGGUAUGAGUUCGAACAACCCGACCCCGUCGGCGGAUGCACAGGACUUCGAGGCCAUCCUCCACGACUUCGGCUUGCAGGCAGUGAACACCUUCGGUAAGCAGGGUAGCUACACACACAUACUUGAACAUCACUCGCAGAAAACCCGCUCCUUCCUGGACUACGUGCUGGUGCGACGCAAAGGUCCUACGCUCAGCUCAUCGGCGCGUAUGCUCGUGACCUUUCCGGUGGCUCGCUGGAGAGGUGGUGGCAGGCAUCUACCCGUGCUUGUAACAGUGCGUUUCCGCCGAUUCCAAUUCGCUCGGCCGCGACCCCAGCCCGCUUGGCCGCAGUGGAAGUGUAAGCUCCUAGCCGACAGGAUCGCAGCAGAUGGGCCAGAUGUUCAGGACUUCAAGGCACAAGUCUCCAGGGAGCUCCAAGCUAUGCAUGACUUCUGCCCUGAUCGUGUGAAUCAAGUUCUCAUGAAGGCGAGCAGGGAUCAUUUCCACAUUGUGAGACCGAGUGGGCUACACCCACCAUGGCAAGAUGCACAGCAUGAAGGGUCCAUCAGGGAAAUGUGGUUGCAGUACAGGUUGGCCCGACAACAAUUUCAGAAAUGUGCUUCAGGUCUUCGAGCUUGCUUUCGGGCUUGGCGGUGCAGAGCCCGGUUUCACCAGCUGCACCAAAUCGUACGUCGCAACAGCCGGCUCCUUCGCAGACAUCGCUUUGAUGAACUUCUACGGCAUGCGGAGGCACAGGAUCACCAUGGACGUAUCGAUCAUCUCUUCUUUCUGCUGCGCAGGCACGUGCCCAAGCAACCGAAGGCCAGGGCUCAGCUUCGUUCGAGUACGGGGGCGAUUCUUAUGCCUCAGGCCGAAGUCCAGGCACUCGCAUCGUACUGGAAAGAGGUCACAACGGCCGAAGACCCAGUGCAGGCACCGUCUGCCACGACGUUUGACCUCGAAAUGGAUGCUGUGCAACAGGCCCUUGAAAGCCUGCCAUCGAACAAAGCUGCACCGGCACAUUACGCACCUCAUGCACUUUGGAGCUGUGUCGCAGAGCCGGUGUCGCAGGUCCUGGAACGAGGACUUCUUCAGGAAUGGCGCUCUAGCGGCGCUCACAUACCCACUGCCUGGGCCGAUGCCUGGCUCACCUUUCUGCAGAAGGCCAACAAGGCGGUAUCGGGAAUACUCCGAAAGCAGCUCGACACCUACAUCUUGCCCCACAUGGAAGCUCGUCAUCAAUAUGGCUUUCUACCUGGUAGAUCGGUGCAACAAGCUCUUGGACACGCCUUUAUCCACUGCAAGUCUGUGCGCUCGCUCAGCCAGGCACAGAACAGAUCCCUCUACGACAAGUUUGCCGGUCACCAGGCAAAGGGAUGUGCUGGCGGCAUGUUGCUGAGCAUCGACCUGACGCAGGCCUUCGACAGAGUGGGCCGGGACCUCCUUGAGCAGGCUCUGAUUCACAUUGGUGUCCCCCUCAGUCUUCGCUCCCUUUUGCUACGAUGGGUUCACUCCGUUCGCUAUGUAGUGCAGAAAGAAGGCCACGCGCAAACGUUCCCGACUUCCCGGGGGAUCCGUCAGGGGUGCCGGCUAUCACCUUCGUUAUGGAACUGUGUGGUUGUUUACCUCACUCAUCUUUUGGAGCAGCAGCUUGGGGUUGAUUGGUGCAGGCAGCGCUUGAUUGGAUAUGCCGAUGACAACUUGUUCAAGUGGACGUUCCACUCUCGAGAGGAUGUGGCAGCCGCGAUCUCAGAAGCCACGGCCAUCAUCAACCUGUUGGAACAACAAGGCCUCACGGUGAGUAAGGACAAAACAGCUAUUCUCCUCAAAUUGGCGGGCCCUCAAGCCGAGGCCUAUCGUCGGAAGAUCGUUGUAAAGCAUGAGGGCAAGCACCAUCUUCGGCUGAACCAGGACCUCACUUUACCCGUCAAGGCCCAGCACACAUAUCUUGGAGCCAUCAUCUCCUUUGGUCGGUUCGAAGAACUUAAUGCCACGCACCGUUGCCAGGCAGGGAUUGCCACUUACAACUGGCUUCGCCAGCAUCUUCACUCUAAACGCACGUGGCCAGUGGCGAAACGGCUGAGACUCUGGAAGGCCUAUGUGCUACCCACGGUCUUCUACUCGCUAACUGCCUCGGGACUCACUGAGUCAUGCAUUAGGGUUGCACUCCUCAGGCAACUUCGGGCCAUAGCUGGACGGCCACGGCAUUUGACACUGGAGUCUGACGCUCAAUUCCUGCUCAACCUGGGAAUGCCAACUCCUCUGCAGCUUCUCAUCGACAGGCAACGGAACGCUUUGGACCGAACGGAGCAGCUUCGCGCCAAGCUUUCCCCCGGUGACUUCAGGCUCGAUGCCGCGCUGCUGGCCCAUGAAACUGAGGUGUUACACGGCUUACAGGAACUGGCGGCUGACUCCUCCAAAACGGGGGCCACCGAUGAUUUGCCCUGUCCUGAUUGUGGCGAACGCUUCCCCACGGCAGCGUCACUCCGUCAACAUCGUGCCAAGGUCCAUCGCAGUGGCGAGAACAAGGCCAAGGGUGAGCGCUUCGAUCGUCUACUUCAUGGUAAGGACGGCCUCCCACAGUGCAUCAAUUGCGGGCACAAGUUCGGCACAUGGGAGGAAUUACAGCGACAUGUGCAGCUUGGACGAUGCCAAGCCCCCGAGCGCGCUGGCUAUGAUGACGUCCACCCCCCACUGCUUGCCAAGGUCCUUGCUGAUGAAAUUGUGUUUCCCGAGGUCAUGCUCAACCCCCCGAAUGACGACCUCAAAAAGGAGCUCCUCGAGCGGUGUACGUUGUGCAGGCAAUGGUUGCCCAAUGAGAAUUAUAUGAAGGUCCACUACGGCCGCGUCCACAAGGACGAAUGGAAGGCGCACAGUUCUCGUUUGCGAGUGUGGUGCACCAACAACUUUGCCCCCAUCAAAGGGACAUGUCAGUGGUGCGGACACAAGGCCCAACCAGGCAGGGAUCAUCGUGCCACAUGCCCGGUCUUGUUUCAGUUGGCAAUGUCAUGGUUCGUUAAUGGAGGUCCCAAGGAUGCCGCUGACAUGACGGCGCCGAGCGAUGAGCCUUAUCCUUCAGCUGAGGAGGUAAAACCACUGCUCGGUACAUGUCAGAUCUGUCGUGCAGACCUUUCCAAACAGCGUUACAAAACGCACAUGCAACGCCAGCACAGUGAGCUUUGGCGUGACAUGCAGCCUAAAGUGCAACUUCUUUGUGCAGCGUGGGUGGGCUCAGUUUCGACUCCUUGCUCUCUGUGCGGGGCCAAAUCCAGCAAGAAGGCCGAGCACGUGCACACAUGUGUUCCUCUACUGCAGCAUGCACUCCAAAUCUGCAUGAGGCAUGACAUACGAUGCGGAGAUUCAGGAUGUGUUCGCCAACUGCCUGCCGGCAUUGGCGAACCUCAAGGCGGGAUCUCUCGAGGAAGUGGCCUCGACAUGCCCAACCGGGGCAAACGUUCGAGGCAAGAGCCGAUGGGAGACAAGACGCUCCCCAGAUCACAGUUGGGCAAGGGCAAAGGGGGCCAACGGGGCAGCGAUGCAAAGAACAGGGGAAGCUGGAACAAUUGGGAGCGCGACGACUGGGAUUACCACAGUUGGCGGCCGCAGCACCGUGCGGAUCUCGAGAAGCUGAUGGAAGCUUUGUGUCGGCUGACCCUGAAGCAAGAGGAAGAGUUGCAGCUUCUUCGAACGGAGAAGCAAUUCCUGCUGCGUCUGGAGUCUGGCCCUCAGGGAAUGCUCUCCCCCUUGUGGAAGGUGGCUCAAGUGUGGAAAGCAGGCAAAGACAAAACUCCACCAACCGUGACCAGCUCGUUACGUGUGGCCUUGAUCAAGAGCGUCCUCGCGGAGUGGAUGGCGAGGCUGGACAUCAUGACCAAGGAUACGGAGACGGUCAAGAAGAUGGAGGCACAGGGAUGGGUGAAAGUGCAGGGCGUAGACGAGCUGCACUGGAACUUUCAGCAAUGGAACCAGCAAACCCGACAGCUGGAGCUGGAUCCGAGCAAACCACCCGUGGGCCACUCAACGAUAUUGCGGGCCGCGACCAACCUCCAGGCGUUGGUGAAUUCCGAGACCGAACGGCUCAUUCACCGAUUUCACUCCACCCGAAAGCUCACCGAAUCGGUCAUGGGCGACACGAUGCCUUUCAUCCUGUCGGUGGCGAUGAGAGGAACCAAGGCACAACAAGCCCACGACAUCCUGAGCGACCUGACGGGCAGUGCAGCUUUGAGAACCGUGGGAGUGCGCAUUCGGGGCGAGCGGGUGAACCUACAGCCAUUGGCACAGCAGAUUGCCAAAAUGGCGGCCGCGCUACGCCGCUGA